AGCGCGGCAUUCCGCGCAAUGUUUUCGGAGAAAUAGUUUCUUUUGUCAACUCCAUUUCUCCGCCCACCCAUAAAAGCUGCAAAGAGUCGCCUCUCCUGGCUGGUUUACGAGGCUCCAGGACAUUGAGCAAACUACGGUAACUGUUUCAAGGAAGCAAUUAAAAGCAACAUGGCCGCGUCCGUCUGCAAGGUGCUGGUCAGCCAGGCGUUGAGAUCUCUCUGCUGUCCCGGAGGGAGGAGGAUCCUGGUGAGAAACCUUCAGACUGAAAAUAAUGAGUCAACACGCUCUGAACCCUCCUCAGCUAAAACAUUAAUGGACAUAGGAAUUAGAAGGAUCUUUUCUUCAGACCAUGACAUCUUCCGGCAAAGUGUGAGAAAAUUCUUCCAGGAAGCUGUGGUACCAUAUCAUGGAGAAUGGGAAAAAGCUGGUCAAGUAAGCAGAGAGCUCUGGGAAAAAGCCGGACAGCAGGGUUUGCUUGGUAUCAAUAUAUCAGAAGAAAAUGGAGGCAUUGGAGGGGAUCUGUUGUCUUCAGCAAUCGUUUGGGAAGAGCAGAUGUAUGCUAAUUGUUCAGGCCCAGGAUUUAGUCUUCAUUCUGAUAUUGUGAUGCCUUAUAUAGCAAACUAUGGUUCAAAAGAGCAGAUUAAAAGGUUCAUUCCAGAAAUGGCAGCAGGCAGAUGUAUUGGUGCAAUAGCUAUGACAGAACCUGGAGCUGGAAGUGAUUUGCAGGGUGUGAAAACAUUUGCAAAAAAGGAUGGCAGUGAUUGGAUUCUAAAUGGCAGUAAGGUAUUUAUUACAAAUGGCUGGAUGUCGGAUUUGGUUAUUGUUGUGACUGUUACAAACCGUGAGGCCCGUUCCCCUGCUCAUGGAAUUAGCCUUUUCCUGGUAGAAAAUGGUAUGAAAGGCUUUGUUAAAGGACGUAAGCUUGAAAAAAUAGGACUUAAAGCACAGGACACGGCUGAGCUAUUUUUUGAAGAUGUCCGCUUGCCUGCCAGUGCACUACUUGGCCAGGAGAACAAAGGUUUCUAUUAUCUAAUGUCAGAGCUUCCUCAGGAAAGGCUCUUGAUCGGUGAUAUGGCGAUUGCUAGCUGUGAAUUCAUGUUUGAAGAAACAAGAAGUUAUGUUAAACAACGAAAAGCUUUUGGGAAAACAAUUUCACAUUUACAAACUGUGCAACACAAGUUAGCAGAAUUGAAAACACAGAUUUGUGUAAGUCGGACAUUUUUGGAUAAUUGUAUUGAUCUUCAUUCACGGAAAUGCCUGGAUUCUGCUACUGCAUCUAUGGCCAAAUACUGGGCUUCUGAUCUCCAAAACAAUGUGGCUACUCAGUGUUUGCAGCUUCAUGGAGGAUGGGGAUAUAUGUGGGAGUACCCAAUUGCAAAAUCUUUUGUGGAUUCUCGUGUUCAGCCAAUUUAUGGCGGUACCAAUGAAAUAAUGAAAGAACUCAUUGCAAGAGAUAUUGUAAGCAACAAUUAGAUUGCAAUGCCAUUUUACCUGAUGGAAAAUUAAAUUUCACAAAAACAAAAUCCCAGUAUAUGAUUAACUGAAGAAAUGGGAUAAUCUUUUAAAAGUUUUAAAACAGUAAUAACAAAAACUGUUUCUCAGGUUGACCUUUAAUGUUCAGUAUUAAACCAUGUCUGUCUUUGAUUAUAUAAAUUCACACUGAACAAUGCAA